AUGAAUAUUGUGGAAUAUGUUGUGAGUGAUCCUAUACGGAUUGAGGUUUUUGGAAGCUCAUUGCCAGAAUUUAAUGUACUCUUGAUGAAGAUGGUUCUUGACACUUACGAAGGGUUCGAAAGCCUGCAAGUUCUGGUUGAUGUAGGUGGAGGGAAUGGACAAAUCCUUAGUAUGAUUGUCUCCAAAUAUCCAUCCAUCAAGGGUAUCAAUUUUGAUCAGUCUCAUGUUAUAGAAAGAGCGCCGCCUCGUUCAGGUUUCUUAAAGAAAAACUAUGGCAAUGCUAUGUCCAACAGCAAGGAUUUGAAGAAUAGAGGAUGUAUGGUUCUUCAUGGAGUGGAUCGGCCAUACGAGUCUCUAUGCAUGUGGUUAAACCCAGGUUUCUGGUUCAACACCGACAUUCAAAACAAACACCAGAGUUCGAUUGUUAUCACGGGUGAAGGAAAUGGAUUCAUUCAAUAUGAGGAUAUCGGCAAUGAUGAGAACAGAGUCGUUAUUGAAAAGGAAACCAGCUUUGGGAUCAAGAAUUGUGGAAGAGGUUUACCAACAAACCUCAAAACUAUAUGA